GCAGAGAGAUAACGUGCAGAUGAAGCAAGGCAAGAAACGAACAUAGCGAACAACCGUUGACAGCGUACAGACACCGAUGGUUUGAGGAGUUUGGCGUAUGCGUUACAUAUUUUGGCAUGUCACUGUGACUUGUUAUUAUUUGAAGAAUACGUAUCUUUAGGACCACCUUCAAGGCACAAUUACAUGAGCGUGUGAAGCGGGUGACUGGCCAUGGUCUUCUGUCUAACUACCCAAAGAUUUCCUCGAAGGUCUCUGAUAAUUCCGUUCGCCAUCACUGAGCAAAAUCUGCGUGAGAAGCAGACAGUUGCUCAGAGUUUUGGACCAGGGAGAUUCCGAAGGAGAGAGGGAACAUUCAUGUUAUUUCUAAGGUCUCUUCUCUUCAAGAAACAACAUUUGGGUCCAUCCAAAUUGAUAAGCAGCAACUCCGCCGACCAGGGAUGGAAAUGAAGCUAGCCCACAGCUAGUGCUUUUCAGACUGGGCUUUUGGACCCUUGGCUACAGAGACUGUCACCUGGGCUAGUUGUCAAGCCUGUGGGUAACUGGUGAAAGGAGUCAGGCGCAGGAGAGCUGAGAUGCGUGGACAAGAUCGUUGGAGAACAGCUGUGUGAUGCUGUGGCUGCUGGUCCUUGUCCUGCCCGGGGUAGCAUGCAGUGCCCUGACCCAGAACCUUCUACAGCCAGACAAUGACCACGGAGACGGUGCUGUUGCCGUGACGACCCGGCCCCACAUCUACUACUGCCGCUCACCCAACAUGGAGGUCUUCACCUGCUGGUGGCAUCCCCUUGACAACAACUCCGAGAGUGACGACAACAUCACCUACAGCCUCACCUACUCCUUAGAAAAGGGGCCGAGGCGUGAGUGUCCAGACUAUGUAACGGGCGGCCCCAACAGUUGUCACUUUGACAGUGGCCACACAUCCAUCUGGACCAUAUACUGCAUGAACGUGAUGGCCAGGACCUCCCACAGAGUGUUCAGCUCCAAGGACCACUGUCUGGACGUGGCUGAUAUAGUGGAGACAGAGGCUCCGGUUAACUUGACCUACACCCUGUUGAACGAGACGGAGGAGGAAGCUGGCCGCACCGCCAUGGUGUCCUGGGUUUACCCCAAUCCCUCCCACAUCCAGUACGGUUGGAUCACCCUGGUCUUCGAGCUGCAGUACCGACGCAUCGCCGAGCCCAACAACUGGAAGGUGAAGGGCUUGCUGAGAGAGCCUUGGCUGGAGCUGCUGGAUCUGCCGGUAGGAGAGUACAUUGUCAGGGUGAGAUGCCGUUCCCGCAACAACGGCCUCUGGAGCAAGUGGAGCACCCCUGUCCUACUCUGUGUCCCAGCCAAAUCUACCCCUGAUAAGCUGUUGGCUCUGCUUUUGGUGACCGGUGUUGGGGUCAUGUUGUUGCUAGUCAUCGGCUUUGGAAUUAUCCUACAGGGCAAGAGGAUAAAAGCAUUCCUUCUGCCUCCAAUUCCCAAACCACGCAUCAGAGGCAUCAAUCCCCUGCUUCUGAAGAAGGGGGGCUUCGAUGAGAUCAACCGUCAUUUCAUCUCCUUCCAUGGCUAUAAGCCCCCAAGCUACAGCGAGGAGGAGGUCUGGGACCUUGUCAGCAUGGACAACAACCAGUCUCUCCAGGCUCCCCUGGGGAGCCUAGCAGUCCGGAAGGAGGAUUAUGAUAUGGCCAUCCACAGCCAACUACUGGUCCAGACCACCUCCAGCCACGCCCCUUAUACCCCAGUCCCCGCCUCUUACACCCCAGUCCCCGCCCCUUACUGCCAGGCUCCAGUGGAAGCCUUCCCGACCCUGUGGGAAUGGCCAACAGCAAACCCCGACCAGCCGGAGCUUCUGGUCUUCCCGGGCACUGACUACAGCAUGAUGGUGGAUCCCACCCCUGUCCCGCCUCCGGACCAGCAGGCCCCGCCCCCAUCAUCCACCCAGGACUUCUACACGUGCGUGAACGUGCUGGGUGACAACGGACAAGUGCAUCUGGUGCCCUGCCUGGCCAACCACCUGAAACGCAGCCCCUACGUACAGCUGGAGGAGGAGCUAGAGGAAGGAGGGCUGGAGAAGAGCAGCCAGUUAGAUGACUACCUGGCUAAGAAGAUGGAGGCAGUAGCCAACGGGAGUGCUCCGGGAGAGACAGUGGUAGAGACAGAGGUGGAGACAGAGAGUGUGGAACAUAGUGAAGUGGCUGUGCCUUUACUGCCUGGAACCACUGGCACACAGGGCAACAGGGUGUGACCAGUUAGCACACACACACACACACACACACACACACACACACACACACACACACACACACACACACACACACACAGCAACAGGAAUUACUCCAGGCUAAAAUGAGGAUGUUAACUCAUGGAUGGACCUUUGAAUAUACCUACUUAAUAUACCAACAUAAUAUGUUUUUGUGAGUGCACCGGCCUGGGACAUGAGUCCUCUGUGUCUAUCCCCCCCCCCCCGCCCCUUGCCUGCCAAAUGACAGUGACACUGCUGGACAGACACUGCUGCCACCUCUGUUCACUGCUGAUAUGGCAGUGACAACGUUCUGACUACAUUCUCUCUGCGGGGAAUCAGAGAUGCAGCAUUUGACUGUGAGGUUUUCUUUCAGAGCAGAGCCGAGAUCGGGAUACAAGAUAGAUUCCUUUUGACGCAGAAAAUCUGACAAGAUGAAAAAAACAUAAACUUGCAAAGUGUCUUGAACAAUAACAAUAGAUUCUCCGUAGAACUACAACUGUUGUUGUGUGGACUGAGUCACUGAAAGGUUAAUAUACUCACCUGUUCUUCGGUCCAGUCUUGUUAGAAAACAAUGCCUGCGAACUCUCUUGUUGUUGGAUGUAGAAUUAAUGACCAAUCACUCUGUGAAAGACACUUCGAUUUUUUAACAGUCAUGUUUUAGGGCUCUGUGAACUGAUUUAACUGGAUUUAGGUGAAAAGUUUGACGAAUGCAAGAAUACCAGUUGUACCUCACAGACCAAUCAUAGCCGUUCUGAGGCCCUGGCAGAAGUUAGCAUGCAUUUAGAGAACAGUGGAGCACACCAAAGAUCUGAACAGCCAGACCAAGAGAGCAGUACACUUCUUCAAAUAUAAAUGCAUUUUUAGAAAUAAAUUAUUGUAAUUAUUAGAAUGAAUGAAUUACAGAGGAAAUAGUUUAAUAUAUCAAAUGCACUAUUGACGAGAAAUAUAACGAGGCAAUGUUCUAAUAAUAAUAAUGAUAACAGUAAAGUACACUUAUAAAGUGAACUGUCUGGGUUCAGUCCAUGAACUAAAUCACAGAUUUAACUGUAUGCUUCAUACUCAGGAAGUCAACCAAGCAUAGCACAGUAGUAGCACAGUAGGAAGUCAACCCAGUAAAGGUGCAAUCUACUUUCACAAACACGCAUACUUGUUUCAAGUAUUGUUUUCCUUUUCUUGAAUUUUUGGUCAGAAAUGAAACUACAGAUUGCACUGUAUUCAAAACAAGUGAUGGUCAUUUUUGGUAACAUUUAUAAUUUCCAUUCUGUAAAACAGCCUUCGCUAUGCAGUGCUACAUGUGCUCUGACUAUUAACUACAUGCUGGAUUUGAAAGCACUUAUUUUACUAGAACAUAACACAUGCAGCUCUCUCAGGGGAGAACAGAGAGGAGGCUAAAGCAAAGAGCACUGUGAUCAUUUUAUUGAUUUUUACAUAGAAAAUGAGGCGACCAGACGAGUAGGGAGAAAACACAUCUUCUGAAGGUGACCGAUAUUACAACAAGGACGAACAAUGGUUAAAGCGUCUAAUGAUGUGUAUAGGAACAAGACAUUUUCACCACACCCACAUACUUGAGUAGAUGCGUUUUUCACAGUGAUUUCUUCAUAAAAUCUUCUUUGACAAGAUUUCCUGGUGAAUAGGAGGGCAUGUAUGCUAUUUAGAAAAUGGAGGCUUUUUUAAUGAGAAAAGUAAGACGCUCCCAGUUGCUAGGAAGAUAACCUUGAAGGUGUGUGGAUGGCAGUGUAAUAUCUACAGAGGAUUUUUACACUAAAUAUAUGCAUUGUUUUUUGAAAGAAACAUGGAGAAACAAAUAAUAUGCAUCGCCUGUGAAAUAAACCUAAAGUCUCAGGGCAUUUGAAAUGUCGGGGUGCAGUUUAAUGACAUCGGAAGCAGUUCAUUAGCCAUUUAACAAAAAAGUUGGGAAUUUUCUUGGUUAACAGCCAUCACACUGGAUAACAAUGAUAACACACACAGUAAGAUAUGAUGCAACGAGUAGCUUAAAUACUUUGUACUAAAACACUGUGUUCCUAUUACACUGGCCCUAUGGAUGGACCUUGGUUAGUCUGUUACACUGGCCCUAUGGAUGGACCUUGGUUAGUCUGUUACACUGGCCCUAUGGAUGGACCUUGGUUAGUCUGUUACACUGGCCCUAUGGAUGGACCUUGGUUAGUCUGUUACACUGGCCCUAUGGAUGGACCUUGGUUAGUCUGUUACACUGGCCCUAUGGAUGGACCUUGGUUAGUCUGUUACACUGGCCCUAUGGAUGGACCUUGGUUAGUCUGUUACACUGGCCCUAUGGAUGGACCUUGGUUAGUCUGUUACACUGGCCCUAUGGAUGGACCUUGGUUAGUCUGUUACACUGGCCCUAUGGAUGGACCUUGGUUAGUCUGUUACACUGGCCCUAUGGAUGGACCUUGGUUAGUCUGUUACACUGGCCCUAUGGAUGGACCUUGGUUAGUCUGUUACACUGGCCCUAUGGAUGGACCUUGGUUAGUCUGUUACACUGGCCCUAUGGAUGGACCUUGGUCAGUCUGUUUUACGUGUUGGUACAUUUUUAAGGUUUAAAUGACUGAUGUUCUUAAUGUCUCUCUCUCUGUUUUUUCUCUCCCCCCCUCUCUAUGAAGUCAGGUGGUUUCUCUGCCAUCAGUAGUCCUGUGCAGUGCUUUUCUGUGUUGUCAUACUGUUCUGUUCACUGUUGUACUCUGCUGUGCCGCUUCAAUUUUGUGCCUUGACUUGACUGUGUAGAAUUCUCCUUUCCUUAUUAGUGCUCACACUGGUAGACUGAAAUUAUAUAUUUUUCUAACGAGAUAGACACACACACGAUAACGCAGACAACAGCGGUAUUUGUAAAGGCCAUAUAGGACACGUAGAAACAGUCAGGUCAAAUUGUUUCUGUUCUGUACAUUGGAUACGGUGUGGUGGGUGAGUUAUGUUGUUUGUUUUGGAAGUUAUGUCCCCUGCUGCAAGAUAUUUCCCAUGCAGUGAAUAAAGCCUACUGCUGAUCUGUCUCUA